AUGGAACUUGAUUUCCUAUCACCUAGAGCAAGAGAAAUAAACAAGAAAAGGCUGAGUCUUUUGUAUUCUCUAAAAAACUAGAAUAUUGAAUAAAAUGACCCUAUCAAUGAAAACGUUCCCUUCAUUUAAAAGCUUUCAAGUGAUCAUCCGUUGAAAGAUGUAAUCAAGGAGUGCCAAAACAAUGUGAGAGAGGGUUUCCUAACUCCUUUAACAAAUAGGUCUUCCAAUUCUCUAGAAUUCACUGCAAACAUGUUUGUUGAGGAAUUAUUGGACAGUAUCAAAAUAAAGCAUCUAAAAAUACUACAGUUAGAUGAACUCAUCAAUAAUUUGAAAAAUAAUAUAGAAAUUCUUCACAAAAUAGAUGCUAACAAAAUAUUCGUCACUUCCAAAGAAUAUUAUCAAAUAUUUAUACUCAAUUAACCUAACGAUGAUAAUUAUCAAUUGUAUUUAAAUGAUCAAAAAUUAUACCCUUAAAUAAAGUAUACUUGUCCAUUUGAUGCUAAACAAAAAUUAAAUUUUGCUUUAUUUUCUAGUAAUAAUAAAAUGCUUGAAGCUAUUUCAGUUGACAUGAUUUAUUAAAUAUGUCAUAAUUGCGUAAAACUGGAAUCAGAUGAAUAUCUUUAGACACUCCAAAUUAGAUUUUUUGAGGAUUCAAAUAAUCCUAUUAUUUAUGAUUUAAAGAUUUCAUUAGUGUUCAACAUGACAAGAGAUUUUAAGAAAACAAUAAUUAAUACUUUGAAAGAGGAAAUAAAAGAAAUAGAUUAUAAAAUUUUAGAUAUGAUAGAAGUCAUAAAUAGAAUGUUGGAACCUUUUUCUAAUAAUGGAUUCAAAUAUUUAAGAUAUGAAGGUUUAAUUGACAAUUAAAGCAUGUCAAAAAAUAGAAAUCAUUGUUGUAGCAUUUUCUGA